UGGACACAUCUGUAUUCCUUUCACUUCGUAACAUCUCACAAUGGCAGCAGUCGGUGAUACUACAUCGGUCGUCCUAAACCAGCCUAAUAAUUCGGGAUUGCACAUUGCCAUACAUCCAUUGACAUUGCUCAAUAUCUCUGACCACUAUACAAGGAACGUUAUACAGCGGGCAGGCAAUAACAAGCCUGUGCAUGUCAUUGGUGCAUUAUUGGGCAUUCAGACUGGACGCGAAGUGGAGAUAUUCAACUCGUAUGAGCUUCAGUUCACUCUACAACCAACUGGCUCAAUUCGAAUCCACGAUGAAUACUUUGUAACAAAACAAGAACAAUUUCGUCAAGUGUUCCCGGCCUACGAUUUCCUAGGUUGGUAUACCAUCGGUUCUAAGCCUUCUAUGAUUGAUAUUGAUGUGCUUCAACAGCUUUCGGUAUACAACGAAAGUCCAUUAUUUUUGCAGUUGGAUCCCAAUGAGAUCCCAACGCCCGCUCGUUCUUUACCCAUCACAGUAUACGAAUCGCUUGUCGAUAUUGUUGAUAACCAGCCUCAACCAAUGUUUAUUAAAGCAUCAUACAAGGUAGAAACUGGCGAGGCUGAAAGAAUUGCGGUAGAUCAUGUUGCUCAUGCAUCAACUCAUCAAGAGGGUGAAAGCUCGCUUGUGGCCCAUCUCUCAGGCCAAAAGAAUGCGGUCAAAAUGCUUGAUACCCGCAUCAAACUACUCCACCAAUACCUCCAAGACUCUAUUCAAGGUCGUGUGCCCAAGGAUCAUGACUUGGAAAGACAAAUCUCUAGUUUAUGCAAUCGUUUACCGACUAUUUCAGGACAGGCUUUCGAAGAAGAGUUUAUGACGGAGUAUAAUGAUGUCCUUUUGACUUCAUAUCUGGCUACAGUAACUAAAGGCACCUAUGUGAUGAGCGAGAUGGUGGACAAAUUUAAUAUUGUUGCCAACACAUCAACUCACCAAAGUCACGGACGCCCCCGACGCGGAAUGCUCGGCUAAUUGCUAGUGGCACUAUAGCAAUUUGCAACCUAGUUGAUGAAAGUAUGAAGACUUCCUUCUUGUUCAUUUGUUCUAGAAUAAACAAGCAUUUAGCAAGUGGCUUUACUAUUACACUAUUACACAAGUAAAUUUACUCCUAUGAAUCUUUUCCAGGUAUGAGAGAUUCCAAGUUUGUAACCACUCAGCAAUAACUGAUCUGAAACUAUAAAUUAUCCUGGCAUGUUAUUCUUCAAUAUGCGUAGACGAUUAUGUAGUAUGCAAUAUCAUAAGCAAAUGAAAUAAAGGAAUAGAUG